GCGGGAUCCAGUGGCUGCUGCUCCCCGCCACCGACCCAGCGAGCAGGGCGAGCCACUCACGCUCACCUGGGGCGUGUGUGGUUGUGGCCGAAUUGGGAAUUCGUGGGGGAUGGAGGAGCAGUUCAUCCUCCGCGUGCCCCCCUCCGUCGCGGAGCGGAUCGAGCGCCUCAUGAACGAAUCCGCCGCCGCCUCCUCCUCCUCCUCGGAAGACGCGUCCCUAGACCUCUCCUUCUCAGAGGAUGGAAGAAAUGGCACAUUUAUGAUUGGAAAUGAAAGCUUUUCUGCAUCACUCUUGGAUCUCCCAACUGUUGUGGAGUCAUAUAAGACAUAUGAUGAUUCAGUGCUAAUUAAAACAGCUGAUAUUGGUCAGAUGAUUAUGGUAAGAGAAGGAAAUGAUCCUGCUCCAGAAGGAGUUGAAUCUAAGCAUGGUCUUACUCCACCAAUGAGGGAUGCACGCAGACGGCGUUUCCGCAGGGAGCCUGACUUAAAUGCAGAACUUGUUCACCGAGUGGAGAAGGAUCUCAUUCAUAUUAUGCAUGGACCAUCUAGCAACCAGAAUGCUAGUGCAAUUCUAAGGGCAGGAGAAGGUGGUGAUCGUAAGAAAGCUGCACCAACUCCAGCAACGAAGCGUAAUGUCCAACAACCUGCUGCAAAUGGCGAAGAAGCUGAGCCAGAGAGGAGUGACUCUGAUGAGUCUGUCGACCCAUAGAAUUCAAGUGGGCAGGAAUGAUAAAAUAAUCCUGCUCCAAUGCCCGAGCAGAGCACACACUUGACUUAGCAGUUCAUAUUAGCAAACGUAAGCUCUUUUAAAGGGCUCGAUGUCACUGUUAUGGUUUGUUAAUAUUUACAUAUCUAUAAUAUUUGAUGCGACAAAUGUAAAAUCCUUUGUGAUACUGCAGUAACCAGUGUCUCCGUGGAGUACGGUAACAGUUACCGGCGGUAGCACCCUGUGAAUAUACACCAAAUUCAAAAA